CUCGCAAGUGACGCAUCUUGGGUGGCCCAAGAGUAGUACGUAAGCUGGAUGGAUGGAUGUGACAUCGACGACGGAUCUGGCAGGCUGGCUGACGCAAGCAAUGGAUCCACUGCCUGUAUAAGAAGAGGGGAACAACACAAUGAGAACUUGCAUCACGCCUACAUCAGGAGAGAAGAAAACCAAGCAAAAUGCCUACUGAUCCUCACGAUUUGAGCAAGGGUGACGAAGUGUCGUGGAAGUGGGGACAGGGACACCCCAAGGGCGAGGUGUUGGACGUCGUCGACGGCGAAGCGACGGCUACCACAAAGCGCGGAAACGAGAUCAAGAAGAACGGUGACGAGGAGAACCCCGCCGUCGUGAUUCACACUGCCUCGGGAAGCGAUGCUAUCAAGAAGGCCAACGAGCUCGAUGGCGUGAAGCCUUGAGAAAGUGCACCCUGAGCCCGUGCGUGAGAGUGCCGAUCUAGGCAGCCAUACUUCAAACGGCUGGCGGUUCGCUCGGUGUAAUGGCAGGCGGAGAAGAUAGUAUAAAUUUAGGACAGAUAUCAUCCUCUCUUCGAUAAAAUUACAUUGUUUCUUAC